CAUCCACAAAAAGUUUUUCUAAAAGACCUGAGACAUUUUAAAUUAUUCUCUGUAGAGAAAAGACAAAUUUAAUUCAUCACAAUGGUCGAGUGGACAGACGCUGAGCGCAAGGCCAUCACAACUCUGUGGGGAAUGAUCGAUGUGGGUGAGAUUGGACCCCAGGCUCUGAACAGGCUUCUGGUUGUGUAUCCCUGGACCCAGAGACAUUUUGGAUCAUUCGGCAACCUGUCAACCUACGCUGCCAUCGUCGGAAAUGCCAAGGUCGCCAAUCAUGGAAAAACUGUGAUGGGUGGUCUGGAAAUUGCUGUGAAGAACUUGGACAACAUCAAGAAGGCCUAUGCCAAACUGAGCGUUAUGCACUCUGAGAAGCUCCAUGUGGAUCCAGACAACUUCAGGACUCUUGCUGAAUGCAUCUCAGUGGUUGUGGCAGCCAAGUUUGGCCCCAGUGUCUUCACCCCUGGUUUCCAGGAGGCCUGGCAAAAGUUUUUGGCUGUGGUGGUCUCCGCCCUGGGCAGACAGUACCACUAAGCAAAAAUAAAAAUAUGCAACAGUCUUUGACUUGCAACAUUUCUUGGGAAGUUUCCAAAAUCCACUUUUUGCUUGUUUGAAGCUGUUGCAAACUGCAAAUAAAAAUAGAAAAUCCUA